AAUUAACUUCAUACAAUGAUGAAAAUUCCACUAUUCUUCUCGUCCCUUAUUAUUUUUCUUGUUCUUGCUACUUCAAUAAGUCCUUCACAUGAAAAUCAAACAUUUCUUGAAUGUCUCAAAACAAAUUCAAACCCUUCUUAUCCAAUAUCCUCAUUAGUAUUUUCUCCAAAUAAUUCUUCAUUUCCAUCUGUUUUGCAAGCUUACAUAAGAAAUUUAAGGUUCAAUGAGUCCACAACAAGGAAACCUCUCUUCAUACUCACUGCUCAGCAUGAAUCUCAUAUUCAAGCAUCAAUUAUUUGUGCAAAAGCACAAGGUGUGCAAAUGAAAAUCAGGAGUGGUGGGCAUGACUACGAGGGUCUUUCUUAUGUGUCUAACGUACCAUUUUUUGUUGUUGACAUGUUCAAUUUCCGGUCCAUAAACGUUAGCAUUGAGGAUGAAUCGGCUUGGGUUGAAGUGGGUGCAACCCUGGGUGAAGUGUACUAUAGAAUCGCGGAAAAAAGUAACGUGCAUGGCUUUCCCGCGGGUGUUUGCCCUACUGUGGGCGUAGGUGGUCACAUCAGUGGGGCCGGUUACGGUAACAUGAUGAGGAAAUAUGGUCUAACGGUCGAUAACAUCGAUGAUGCAAAAUUAAUCGAUGUGCAUGGCCGAAUCCUCGACCGUAAGUCCAUGGGGGAGGAUUUAUUUUGGGCCAUUACGGGUGGUGGAGCGGUAAGUUAUGGAGUGGUCUUGUCAUAUAAAAUAAAGUUGGUUCGAGUCCCACCAAAGGUGACAGUUUUUCGAGUCCCAAGGUUUUAUGACCAAAAUGCGCUCGACCUUGCUUACAUAUGGCAACGUCGCGCUGACAAGUGGGACAAUGACCUUUUCAUGAGAAUGAUCAUUGAUGUAUUCAACAGCACUACACGUGGCCCGGAGAAAACCAUAAGGGUUUCCUUUUUCACUUUAUUUCUCGGAGACUCAGAUCGACUACUCUCACUUCUCAACCAAAGUUUCCCGGAACUAAGAUUAGAAAGAAAGGACUGCAUCGAGAUGUCUUGGAUAGAGUCCGUGCUUUACUAUACAAGUUCCCCAAUUGCCCCACUUGAUGCUUUGUUAAGUAGGUCACCCCCCCUAUCAUACUUGAAAAGGAAAUCAGAUUACUUGCAAAAACCAAUGUCAAAAGAAGGGUUAGAGUUCAUAUUCAAGAAAAUGAUAGAACUAGAAACACCAACAAUUAUGACAUUUAAUCCCUAUGGUGGAAGAAUGAGUGAAAUUUCACCUCUUGCUAAGCCAUUCCCACAUAGAGCUGGAAAUAUAGCCAAGAUUCAAUAUGCAACAAAUUGGAAUGAGAAAGGAGUUGAGGCUGCAAACCAUUAUCUCAACUUGACCAGAGUCCUUUAUGACUAUAUGACACCCUUUGUAUCAAAAUACCCAAGAUUAGCAUUUUUAAAUUAUAGGGAUCUUGAUAUAGGAAUUACACACAAUGGGAAAUUGAGUUACUAUGAAGGGAAAGUGUAUGGUAUAAAGUAUUUCAAGAAGGAAAAUUUCAACAGGUUGGUGAAGAUCAAGACUAAGGUUGAUCCUGACAAUUUCUUCAGGAAUGAACAAAGCAUCCCAGUUUACCCUGCUGGGAGAAUGUAGCUAGAUUAUUAUAGGGGAAAAUAUGGAUUAUUGUUUAAAGGGUCACUUAUAUUUCAUUUUGAAUUGGUUAUAGUUUGAUUCUUAAAUUGUAAUAUUCACACUGGUGAUCUGUUUAUGAAGAUAAUGAAUAAUGUAAUAUGUUUAUAUAAGGUUUUUGAAAGUCAA